UAAAUUAUGUCAAAAUAAGGAAUACAGAAAACAGUCGGGGAAUACAGAGAAGGAUGCCUAUAGGGCCGAGCGCGUGGACAGAAAAUGGGAAAACGUUUGGAAUGUGGGGAUGUCGAUGGAAGGUCUGUGUAGUUGAACAAGUUGAAGUGGAAAAGUUUGAGCAAACUUGUAGCGUUUUUCUCCGUGCAUGGAUGCUAUUCGGCAGAGGACAACAUGCUGUAAGGUCAGAAUGCAGAGCUGCUCUCUUGCCCAGUUACUCUUUAAUUCAGUCGUCUAGAUUAAAACCAAGACGAGCAAGUCUAUUUUAGUCUUUAUAAAACCCCUGCCAGAAAGUAUAAUGUGGUAGUUUUCAGUGGGGAUAGACAAUACACCGCAAAUAUGUAUUAUCAAUGACAUAAAGGUGCGGAGAAACUAAUACCAGAAGGACAUGAACAAUGGCAGAAAGAGAAAAGGAGAGGAAGAAUGUGUAUCGAAGCGUCUCUUUUAAAAAGUUAGAAUGUUGGAGCGCCAACAAAAGUCUGGAAGGUCAACAAAACAAAUCAAAGGAUUUGGAGGCUCGCGUCGCCCUUCCCCCUCCAUCUACGGUAGAGUCUGCAGCCGAGAAUGUGCAGCCCUCGGCGACGCGUAAUGUUAGUGUGUCAAGAAAAGUUUCCAAAAUCUCUGCAGCCAGCCACCCGACCGCAGAUCUAAAGAAAGGCUCCACUCCUCUCUCCACGAUUUCUCCCUCCAUUCGCCAGCUCUCAGAGAAAUUCAGCAGCACUAACUCGGCUCGGAGGACACACGGAGCCCCGAGAACUGGUAAUGAAGUGAACAAGAGAAGCACAACCUUGCCGCGGGUCAGAAGUAGCAGGAUAGACGUCUCUCCUGCUCGCAAAUCAUUUCAUGAGCACAGUGGACAUUUACCAGCCAUAGACGCAGAUUUAUCAGAGUCUCAAACUGACAAAGUCCAGGAGCAAAAGUUUUAUUCUGGGACUGACUCUGUGUCCGGAUCGGAUUCGGAGAAGGGCCAAAGAUGGAUUUGUUCUCGGGAAUCUACAGACGGCGGCGGAUCUGGUAAGAGAGAUUAUUCUCAAAUCGGCGUCUCUCUUUCUGAUAACUCUAAUACGACUUUGGUUGCUGCGGAAGACGUUUUUGCCAGUGGGGCUCCAGCUUGUAAAUCACACAGGAGUUAUUACACGGCGCAUCAUGGAGAUCUCCCAGUUAAUGUUGACCUAACUAACUGGCCCAGUGUUACAAAGAUUCGAGAAAUUUUCGGGGAGAGGCUGAGAAAACAUCACAGGUCAACUUCUGACGCGGUAGACCUCAAAACUGUCGGUGCGCACAAUCAAUCCGCCAGUUCUAAAGAAAGCGCCUCUCUUUCAGAUAGGAGUGACAAACAGUCUCCCUACAGUUCUGCGACAGAAACGAGCCUUCCCUUCUCCGAGAGGGGCAGGCACGGUGCAAUUAGUAGACAGCGCAGAGACAAUCGAGAGGAAAGAGAGGGCAAGGAGAGGGAAGAUGGGAGAAACCAGGGAACUGACUCUUCUUUAAAACCUGACCAGCUGUGCUUGUUUGAGGCACAAUUCGAAGCUGAUAAUAGCAUUGAGAAAGUCAUUCUUAGCGUGACCCAGGUGUCACAAAUAGCAAGAGCCCAAAGUCCAAACAGUGGGGGAGAUAGUGGGAGAGAUACCUGGACGCCAAGUUUGACCUCUGACCCUAACCUCAAACCUCCUGCCCCCUCCACCAGUGCCCCCAUCAUACCUACAAGUAGCAGCUCGGUGCGCCAAGUCCUCUCCUCCCGCGCUGCCCACCCCUCACCUCCCUCCUCUUCUCCCCAGCAGCAGCAGCAAAGGGAGAGACAGAGGGAGAGACAGGGGGCCUGGCUGCCCAGGGAGAGUUUACAUUCCUCACAUAGCUCUUCCAGAGCACUUGCCCCUUCUUCUCCAGAUACAGUAGAGACCAGCUCUCACAGGGCCUCCGCCAGGCCAGCCACCAGCCCUCGCUGGAAGUUCAGCUCAGGAGACGACGAGGAGGAGGAGCAGAACCCCCGAGGGGGAAGAGUAGGAGGUAGGAGUGUCUCUCAUUUGUUUAGAGGAGCAGAAAGAGGCGGAGGUUACUUCUCUCGUGGUAAGAAUGGCUGGUGGGGGAGCAAGACUCUGGGCAGGUCUUCAGGCAGCGAGGAGGACAGCCCAGCCUCUCUAGGACCCCCCGGGCGAGACGCGGUGAGGCGGCGCUCUUUGAGGAAGAAAAAGAAGACAAGUGGGGCCACCUCAGCGAGCAGUCGAGAUGAUGGAGAACUGUAUGAUAGCGACAGCGACGAGCAAACACAUGUGAUGAUGGAGAAUCUGGAGAGACACCAUCAGCAGAACAUCACCGCCGCAGGAGAAUUUGUUGGAACCGUCCGUAACCAGGGAAGAGAACCCGAAUGGUCUAGAGCCCGUCCAGCAGGUGCCCAGUCAGAGUACAACAAGAUGGGGGCGGGGCUCGAGGGUAACAGGCGCCACUACGUUAGCACAGAGGGCACUGUGACAUCAUCACCAGUAGCAAGCCUACCUGGGGUGUCACGGGUGUCAAAGGUGAACAUUUCCUCAUUUAUUGCCAGCCCUGGUGGUUCGCAUUGCAGCAGCCGGUACUCAAGCACUGAGACUCUGAAGGAGGAGGACCAGGCUAGCUAUGCUAGCAGAGCAGCUAAUGCUAGCAGAGCCUCAGCUAGCCCUACUGCUGCCUCCUCCUCCAUGCUGAGUAAGACCUACCAUGGUAACUUCACAAUGUAUCGGUCACCCAGCUUCGGACAUGGGGAUAACUUCUCCCGUGCUCCCCUCAGGGUACGCCCCCAAAUCGUACCCCCUGUAAGCCCCUCCCACUGGAUGGAUGGAGAUGUGACAGGGGAUGUUGCUAAGGCGGAGACUAGAGUUUUGCGACGGUCGUUAGGGGGUGAUGGAAUAAAAGACAGGAACAGGAUGUCCAUGUCCAAUCCAGAUAUUGCCUCAGAGACCAUGACACUACUCAGCUUCCUGAAGACCGACCUAUCAGAACUCAGGGUGCGUAAGCCAGAUCGGUCAGGGGCGGGAACAGGGGGGAUUGAGGGGUCAACCUCGGUAUACAGGAUGGGGUCAAGAGGUCAUGCAACCCUUCCGUCUGGACUUCGGCCGUCUCUGAAGGACCUCACCGCAACACUUCGUCGGGCCAAAUCCUUCACCUACUCCAACAAGCCCUUGGAUCGGCGACAUUCGUCCAGCAUAACAGCCCAGAGGAGCUCGUCAGAACAGCAGCUGGACGGGGAAAGCGGUGGAGGGAGGGUUUCUGUGUCUGACAGAGAGGUGGAGAGUGAUGGGGGAGACUGCAGAGUAGGACGAGCAAGGGGUUAUGGGUAUGAGGAAGUGAUGCCCACACCCUUGCAGGACAGGUAUGUUCAGGAGGCCAGGCAGGUCAUUAGAGACAUCUGUCAGAUGAGUGCUCUUGAAGACGACGACGAUGAAGACGACAAUGUGCUAGGGAGAGAGAUCAAAGCAGAUAAGUGUUUUAGAAGGAAAGAAGAGGGGAAGAAAGAGGGAGGAUGUGUGAAAAAGGAAGAGAGAGGAGACCGAGAGGGUGAUAUUUAUUCUGACGUUGCCCCCCUCUCCGUAGAGAUGGAAAGAAAAAGGGGUGGAGAGAUGAAGGAGGUCGAGAGGGCCCUACUGAAAGGUGACUCAGAGGAAAACGUGUUCUAUGACAGGUCUGUGGAUGAGUUGUCAGGUCAUGAAUCCAGUUUGACAGACGAGGGUAUCGUCACAGAACCUGAAAUGGGACCAAGUGACGCCGAACGGUCAUUUGUGGGGGCAUCUGGAGCUAAUUUGGGGUCAAUAAUAACCAGAGACGUCCUAGGUCAGCCUCUUACAGUCUGGAAGCAGUCAGCUCUUCAAGAAGGGGAGAUUUUGACUGCAAAUGAGGGUGGAAGAGAAAAACAGGACGAUCCGUCAUGUUCUAGCUUCAAGAACGCACUUCCUCCUCUUCCUACCCUUCGAGUAGAGAGUGACACCAUUGCAACAGAGUGUACCAACUCCAUCACUAGCUGCAACAGCACUAGUGAAGGGAACAGUGUAUUCCAGGGGCCCACAGCACAGGACACUCCUCCCACCCCCAGUGCCAUCCGCCGUCGCCGAAAGUUCUCGUCAGCCGGCAACACUUGCUCUGACUCCAGUAAUGGCAGCAUCGGGGAGUCAGCAAGUGCUAACAGCGAUUCUACCGUUUACCGUUCCCUCAGUGACCCCAUGCCUCACCGGCGAUGCUCUGUGUCGGAGGAAGGAAAUAACACUUUCUCCUCCGUGGACAGUAACCUCCUUGGCUCUCUCUCGCUCUCCUCCAAAGGAGGAGUCGGAGGAGGAAACAUCCCAGAAUCCUCCUCAGCCGCCAACUUGUCGGAGUGUACAGCCAGUGCCGCCAGCGACCUGUCAGUGUGCAGCGAUGGUGGUCUCCGAGAUGACUGUCUCCGUGAAGACAGUGGUGUUCGUGACUACAGUGGGGUGAUCAGGAGUAUAGUCUCUGAACCUGGAGCAAUGGAUCGACUGAUGACAGACGAGCACAAUAAUGGGAAAGCACCGAAGAAGAAGUCCUUCAGUGACCCAAGUCGUCGCAGCGAUGCCCCAUUACUCUCCUAUACUGACCAUGAGUUUAAAGGACAGCAUCAUCCCAAUGAGCCAAUCAGCGAGCUGGAUCAGCUUGGCCAGAUCCCACCCUCCAGUAGUGAGCCAAUCCUGAGCGAGCAGAGAGAUGAGCUGUGGGAGUUGGGGGAAGAACGGCGACAUCCAUCCCAUCAUUAUUACUAUGGAAAUCAGAAUGAAAGCAGGAAACCUCGUUCCCUAUCAGAAUGUGUGCUACCCUCCAGUUGCCAUGGUAAUGAAGUUGGUGGAGGCGGGGAGGGAGAGCAAUAUAAGUUUGACCCCAAGCUAGCUGAAGUCCUGUCUCCCAGAAUGGGUCGGCGGUCUUCCAAAAAACGCCCGGCACGGAUUAGCCAUACCUCCUCAGAGGUCCAGAACCCGUCAGAACCAUGUAUAGAUAAUGAAGCUCAAGAAAGGGACCAGGAUCUGGACCCAGCCAGCAUCCCUCCUCUCCCUCCUCUCCAACCCCCUAAACAUAAAACCAGAUCCAAACAUGUUCGACACGCCAGUGAACCAGCAACCUUUAUCCCCAUCUCUCCGCCACCGCGACCGCGAACACCUCAAGGGGGCCCGUCGUCCCCUCUACCCCCACCAGAGCCCUCAGGACUUGGUAAGCCAGGAGGCGAGGUGGCUCCUUCCCUGGAAGAUGUUACCAAGCAAUACAUUCUGACUCUGAAUGCUCCUGAGGGGGAGAUGGAAAAUGCUGGGCCUGGUGCUAGGGAUGGUGUUGGUGCUGGGAUUGGGCCAGGAACUGGUGCUGGAAUUGAGCCUGUGCCAGGAGCUGGAAUUGGGCAUGUGUCUGGAUCUGGUGCUGGGUCUGGGUCUAGCUAUGGGUCCGCAGUGGUACCAGAUGGAUCGGCCUUGGUUCCUACUACACCGACUGAGACCAAGGAACCCAAACUCCAGAGGAAGAGCAGUGAAGAGUCCCCAACCCCAGCACCUCAGAGAACCAAACCUCGAGUGGACAUGAGGAGACAUGUCGUGAUGACCCUCCUGGACACUGAGCAGUCGUACGUGGAGUCCCUGCGGACACUCAUCCAGGGGUACAUGAGGCCCCUGAAGCAGCCUGACAGUGGAUCCCUGGUAGAUCCCUCUCUGGUGGAUGAGAUGUUCUACCAGAUCCCUGAGAUCCUGGAGCACCACGAGCACUUCCUGGAACAGGUCUCUGGAUGCGUCAGCCAAUGGCACGACAGACAGACCGUGGGCCACAUCCUCAUUCAAUCAUUCUCCAAAGAGAUUCUGGCAAAUAUUUAUUCAGCAUACAUCGACAACUUUCUAAACGCCAAAGACGCUGUGAGAAUUGCUAAGGAGGCCAAACCAGCUUUCCACAAGUUUCUAGAGCAAAGUAUGCGUGAGAACAAGGAGAAGCAGGCUCUGGGUGAUCUGAUGAUAAAGCCUGUCCAGAGGAUCCCUCGUUAUGAGCUACUGGUUAAGGACCUGUUAAAGCAUACUUCAGAGGACCAUCCAGAUCAUCCGUUUCUGCUGGAUGCUCAGAGGGACAUCAAACGCCUGGCGGAGAGAAUCAAUAAGGGGCGGCGCUCUGCGGAGGAGGUGGAGCGAGAGACCAGGGUCAUGCAGGAGAUCGAGGCCCACAUAGAGGGGGUGGAGCAUAUCCUCAACCCUCAGAGGAAGUUUGUGAGACAGGAGAUGGUCAUGGAGGCGAAGACGGUGGGGGGUAAGAAGGACCGUUCUCUCUUCCUUUUCAGUGACUUGCUCAUCUGCACCACGCUCAAGAGGAAGUCUGGCUCCCUGCGACGCAGCUCAAUGAGCCUCUACUCUGCUGCCAGCGUGAUUGAUACCUCCAGCAAAUACAAGUUCCUCUGGAAACUUCCUUUAGAAGACAUAGAGAUGGUGAAAAACUCCUCCCAGGCAACUAACAGAGAGAGCAUCCAGAAGCUGAUUGGGCGGCUGGACGAGGACCUGAGUACACUGGGGCAGAUCAGCAAGCUGUCUGAGACGCUUAGCUUCCCACACCAGUCGCUAGACGACGUGAUCAAGGACCUGAUGGCGUCGGUGCACAGGGAGCUGGCAGAGAAGCAGUCGCUGGCCUUCAGCAUGACCUUCCUGCCCACCAAGCUGGAGCUGACCACCGCCUCGGCGGACGGCAGCUUCGUGUUCGAGUUCUCCUCUCCGGACAUGCGCUGCAGCUUCGAGCAGGCCUUCGAGGAGGCCAAGAAGAAGCUGGCAAUGAACAAGGACCAGUGGGACCCAGAGUUCUUGAAGGCUAUCCCCAUCAUGAAGACUCGGAGUGGGAUGCAGUUCUCAUGCGCGUCCCCCACCCACAGUUGUCCUGACAGCAGUUGCGAGGUGUGGGUGUGUAACAGUGAUGGCUACGUUGGUCAGGUGUGUCUGCUGAACAUCAAAGACGAGCCCACAGUGGAGGCCUGCAUCGCUGUCUGCUCAGCUAGGAUCAUCUGCAUAGCUGCUGUACCUGGGCUGAAGGGGAGGGAACGGGUAGCAGAGCCCUCCUCCUCCAUGCCCCACCCCCCGGCUGACUCCGCCCCCUCCCAGCAGCAGCUGCACAUCUCCAUCUCUCACUCGUCACUGGAGAUGGCUGAGCCCCCCUCAGGGGCGGGGCCAGAGCUGGUUCCAUUUGACAGUGACGACACGGAUGAUGAAGAUUCUCCUAGUCCCUCCUCUACUCUGCAGAGUCAAGCUAGCCACUCCACCAUAUCAUCUAGCUAUGGGAACGAGGAAGGCACCGGUUCGAAGGACAUGGCCACAGAGACCACCAGCAGCGAGGAGGAGCAGGAGUACCCGGUGGCCAGCUCCUACGGAGCUCCAGGGAGGCUAGGGGGAGGCGUGGUCGGCCGGGCCCACAGCGAGAGCCCCAUGGAUGGGAGAGCCAUGCGCCGAUCCUCCCGGGGCUCCUUCACCAGGGCCAGUCUGGAGGACCUGCUCAGCAUCGACCCCGAGGCCUACCAGAGCUCUGUUUGGCUGGGCACAGAGGACGGAUGUAUCCAUGUGUACCAGUCAUCAGACAACAUCCGCAACCGCAAGAACAGCAUGAAGAUGCAGCACUCGGCCUCCAUCCUGUGUAUUCUGUAUUUGGACAACAAAGUGUUUGUGUCUCUGGCCAACGGGGAAGUGAUCGUGUACCAGAGAGAAGCAGGUAGCUUCUGGGAUGCCCAGUCGUCCCAGACGUUGUGUCUGGGCACACCCAGUGGUCCUGUCACCAAGAUGGUGCCCGUGGGCGCUAGGCUGUGGUGUGGAUCCCAGAACCGCGUCCUCAUCAUCAACACCAGCUCUCUGGUUCAGGAGCACUGGUUCCAGGUGGGCUCAGACAGCAGCAGGUGUGUGACCUGCAUGGUGAGCUACGGCCAAGGCGUUUGGUUGGCGCUACAGGGCAGCGCCCAGGUCCGUCUCUACCACGCCCAGACCUGGGAGAGCCUCGUCGAGGUGGACGUGGCUCCCGCAGUGCAUAAGAUGCUCGCAGGCUCUGAUGCCAUCAUCAGGCAGCACAAGGCGGCCUGUCUGAGGAUCACUGCCCUGCUGGCCUGUAAGGACCUGCUAUGGAUCGGCACCAGCGCAGGGGUGGUCCUGACCCUGGCUAUCCCAGCAGUGAGCUUUGGUACUGGGGCAGGGACUCUGCGAUCCCCCCUGAUCCCCAUGGGCUCGGCGCACGGACACACGGGUCACGUACGGUUCCUCACCGCCAUAGAACUGCCUGAGGGCUUUGACGUCAACUUCCCCAAACCGCCCACAGAUGGCACAGGAAAUCCAUCCCAUAACGUUGAUGUUGACGCGAGCAACGGGGCCCUUAAGAGGAGGGAUUCUUCUCGCCGCCGAGCCUCUGCCCUCCUACCUGCGAAAACCAAUCAAUUGGUGAUCUCCGGGGGCGACGGUUAUGAGGACUUCCGUCUGACCAAUAGCAGCGAGACAGUGGGGCGGGAUGACAGCACAAACCACUUACUGCUGUGGAGGGUCUGAGCCAAUCAGACAUCCCAAGUUCAUGAAACCCCUCCCCCUCGACAGAAAAACCGCACACAAGCCCCGCCCUCCUUAUCCCUAAGCACCUCCCCCUUUUAUCUGAUUUCAUCGUUUGCUGGACCUCUUGAUGUAUAUAUGCAUGGGUGUCAGUCCCAUACUUGGAAUCUCGAGGGUCGCUUUAAACAACGUCCAUGUCCUAGUUAGUUUCUGGCAUGAUGAACUCUGUGCAUAUGUGUGUGUCGGUUUGUGUCUCUGAGUAGCGUGUGUUCGACAUGUUUGGCGUUGGAUGUAAAUCGGGGAAAAACCUAAAUGAUGGCUUACAAAGUGAGAAGACAUCCUGGAUGUACAAGACUUUGGACCCCAUGUGAUCACUCCAUGAGGAGGAGGAGGGAGGAGGAAAGGAGGGGGAGCGGUCUUUCAACCUUGACCUUUAAACAGACAGUUAACCAUGGGUCACAUCAAACUGAGAGGGGUGGACUGUGGUCUCUAACAGCUCUGAGAUCAGUUUAGGCUUUCUCCAGUCAUGUUGCUUCUGCUAGUGGGAUGUUACUGUGUCUGAUCCUGCACCAGUGGCUGGGUUCAACGCCUGCCAAACUUAGAGGAGUGUUAGACGGCUGAAAAAGAAAACAUCAACCAAUGUGCAAUAUAUGGCAAGGGUACCUACUAAGACUAUAUAAACACACACAUGAUACACACAUUUUGCUUGUUUGACAGAUCACAGCCAGUCUCCUCGUAGCAGGCAACCAAACACGCACACAUAAUUACACACACACACCUCUUUCUCACACUUUUUUUUUCUUUUUAUUUGUGUUUCUCGUCGUUUUAACAGUUAUUUUCUUAUUUAAUGAAAUUAAACAGCAUCCCACUACUGGAGUAAAAGUGUAUUAAAACCAUUCCUCUUUUAGAGCCUCUAGUUGAUCUCUAUGUACAGUAUUUAUGUUUUAGAUUUUAGCUUGCUCCUCUUACUGCACUUAAUUUAUAAAUGUUUCUUCUUUCUCUCCUCUUUGAGGUUUCAGAAAAAGGAACUCCCCAGUCUUCAAUGUAGAAUGAUUAACAAUAAUGUGUCGUUUUGGCUUGCAUCCUGAUAUAACAGUUUUACAGGAAACUGUCAGGAGGGCAGUGUAAGUUUGUGAGAGAGAGAGAGCGAGAGAGAGCGAGAGAGAGAGAGAGAGCGAGAGAGCGAGAGAGCGAGAGGGAGAGGGAGAGGGAGAGGGAGAGGGAGAGGGAGAGGGAUGUAAGCUAAGAUAUUACACAUUCCUGAAAUAGGCUAGAACCUAAACUGUCAUGUGUAGCCUCACACGCACGACAUCCUGCUCUACUCUUCUCCUUUUGCCCAACAGCCUGUAAGAUGAAGCUCUAAUAUGGCUUGCACAGAUCAGUUGACAUACUGACACACACUGACACAGAUACACAAGUAGUGAUUGGGUUUGAUCCCACAAGCUCAGAAACCAUCUGGGAACUUUGACGUUCAAAUGUUGUAGCAUGAGGCUAACUCUCCUACUGUGAGGUAAUGAGGGAGCUAAUGGCUAAUUACAAUACCUGGUCUUGUCAUGCCCGUCUGCUGCUAGCUGUGCCUCAGUGGAGGUGUGUUUAGUUGAACAGCCUGUGUUCCUGUUAAGUGCUCUCUUCUUUAUUCAGGUAUACAAUUAUUGUGUGUAUGUUCCAAUUCCAUUACCCGCAGACACUGUUGUGUCGGUCAUGUUUGGUGAACCGUGACAAGUUGUGGAUUUUUCAAACCAGAGAUUCUAAUAUCUGUUUUGCCUGCUCUCUAUAUCUCAAUGUCUCUCCAAAUCUUCUGUUUUCAAACUUCAUUGCUUUGGCACUCAAUUCUGGAUAUGAAGUAAACACUUAAAUGUUAGGUUUCAUGGUGGCUUUCAUGCUAAUUCAAUAAUGGCCUUAUACAGAAACUGAAUUCAGCAUAGCCUGCCGUAUUAUUGCCACUGUACUGCAGAUUGACAGUUUGUGCUAAGCCUUUACCAGGUGAAUUCACUCUUCAUGCAGUAACUCUUGUAAGUAACCUUUGCCCAUAUGUGAAAGAAGUCUUGAUUGUGUCAUGUAAAUAUUGCCUUUCUCUGUAAAUAGUGAGCCCACAGUCCUCAAUUGUUGAAAUGAAUCUAAUGGCAUAUUUUUAUAUACUUGUGUACGUAACCCCACCCACCCACCCGGCAUGCGCUGUCAGUCACAUUUAAAUUAUAAUUGUCACAGACAUUUCAAAAGAGAAGAAAAUGGCCUCGUCAUUUUCCAGCCGCUAUGGUUACUUCACAGUUCCUUCCUGUAUGUAGCUGUUUCUGUUUUGUCAAUGUGGGUUGCUCUUUGUAAUUAAAUCAGUUCACUGGU